UUUAGUAACUGACAGUCUAUACAUGUCCACGUUACGAAGUUGAAAUGUAUACUGCAAUUUUAUGUAUACCGACGGAUUUAAUAAAAUUAUGCCUUAAAUAGUGUGUAUUUGAUAAAGGUUGUCGUAGUACAGAUAAACUAAUUAUGGCAACCAAAUUAUUCCAGUGGCUUGCAGGAGUUGGUUUGUUUACCUCUGUCUGGUUUGCUGUUAUUACAGGAUAUAUUCAUAUGAAUAUUCCAACUCCAUACAUGAACAUCAUAUUUGUGCUACCUUUGUAUUUGUUGAUAGCAUUUGCUUGUUUCUCUCUUGCUGUUGUGGGCUACAGGGUUGCUACGUUUAAUGACUGUGUCAAGGCAUCUGAAGAGCUAAAGGAGCAAAUCAAAGAGGCCAAAACAGAUUUGAAGAAAAAAGGUUUUAAAUAUGCAGAUGAAUGGACGUCUUGACAUUUGUCGAUUAUUAUUUGUGCAAUAACAAAUACUCUGAAAGUGAAAAAAAAAACAUUGUUCAACAUUUCAAAAGCAUUUUUUUAUGCCAAUUGAACUGAAUAAACUGUAAUAUGUGUGACAGACAUUACUGAGUCAAUAUAUUGAUAUACAUUCCAUCAUUGUGAUGGAAGAUUUAUUGUUUUUGAUCAUAUUUUAUGUAAAGAUUUGUGGUUGAAUCUAUAAAUGCCAUCUAGACUCUGAAUUCCAGGGUGCUAAACAUGACCUAUCUGAGCAGAUGGAUUUUGUUUUUUUAGAGAUAAUAACAUUUAUGCUUUGUGUAUGGGACAUCUUUUAAAUUACAUGUAUAUAGUGUUCUUUAUAAAUUAUAGCUUUUUUUUUUCCCAGACAUGUUUUUGUAAUGGAUUGCUAUCUGACUUUCUAAUUAUGAUAAUUGAUGAAAUAUUAAAUACACUAUUUUGUCAAAAUAAUUAUUAGAUGUACCAUUAUGUUAAAAUAAUUAUUCAAUAAAUCACUGCCUUUCAAGAAAA